ACUCCAAAACUUCGCCUGCAUAGGGGAGCUCAAAAGUAAGAUGGCCGGUAUUGUCACGGCUUUCUACUCUAGCUCCACCUCGUGGGUUUUAAAUUCCCUGCAGCGGCCGAUAAAUGUUUGCUAAUUUCGUUAAUCAUACGCCGCGUUGCCCAGCUCUCCAACCCGAAACAACCCGAAGUCGGGCCCAUUGUUGUCUGGCGAUGCCCGCAGGGCUUUCCCCACAUCAGAAAGCAUUCCCCAUCAUCGCGAGAAUCACUUGCAGUCCAACUGCACUUUCGGCCGCACUUCUGGCCCACCUUCCGAGCUCCCCAUUCCCAGUUUUCCGAGCCCAGCUGCCUGCCAACAUGUUAGGCCAGCAACCAACAACCAGCGAGCAACAAGCAACAUGUUGGCUCGGUCCCGGGCACGCACUAUGGCCAACGGCCACUGAAAAGAGGCUAAAUAAAAACAUUGUUUGGCUUUUUCAUUCAUAUUCAUUUAUUACAAAUUCAGGGCGUAUUUUAGCCAAAGCUUUCGCUCCGCAUGAGUCCCUUAGUCUUAAGAGGCGCCUUCAAUUUGAACAGUCCAUUGAAAGAACUCUUUCGUUUGAGGCUCAAUCGAUUUUGUUCGUUUGAACCAAGAACCAAGAACGUUUGGGAAACGCUCUGGGAAGCACUGCCUGGCUUUUUGGGCCACCAUUCCGGUCGUGUUUGAAUCGAACCCCCAGCACCAGCACCAGCACAGCACACGGUGGUGCGAUGGCCGGGCGACGUGGUUCGUGUCAACGCCGAAUCAACCACCGACUGCCAGUCGGAAGCAGCUUAUCGCGCCGCCCUGCCAGUUGCAAAUCAGACCUCUGAGCACCAGCAACACCUCAGCGCAACAGCCGUCUCCCAGCGAGCCAAGCACGUGUGCCCCAGUGCGUUUCCGCCUCCGACAGCUUUUUUUCCAGUCAGAGAUAACUACAUAGAACCGGGAGAAACUCCAGAGAAACGGAAUAAACAAAACUAAGGCUAAAAAAGUAAUUAAAACUAAUUGUGCCGUAAGUCAAGUCGGUGGGCUUACAGCCCAGACUCCCGAAAAGACUCGGAAAAAACCACACAAAAUAAGGAAAACAACGAACCACCGCACAAUACAAGGCGAACAGGACAGGACCCACUGAACUCGAAAGGAACCGGCGAGGAGGCAGGGAAACCGGAGACCAUGUCCCACGAGAGCACCGCUGGUGCAGCAGGCGUAGCUGGAGGAGCUGGAGGAGCCGGUGGAGCAGCGCCACCGCCGCAGUACAUCGUGACCACGCCGAGCGAAGUGGAUCCGGACGAGGUGCGCUCGAUGGGCGACUUGGACGGACUGGGUUCCCGGAGCGGCACGUGGUGCAGAGCCAGCAGUUCUCCAGCUCCAGCAGCUCCAGCACCACCAAGGUGUCCACCCGCUCCUUCUCGGUGAGCAGCAGCACCACUGGCCUGCAGCAACAGACGCAGCAAACGCAACAGAUGCAGCAGAUGCAACAGAACCAACUGAGUCAGCAGAACCAGCAGAUCCAGCAG